GAAAGCGCGCCUCUUGAUGACAGAGUGGGGUAUCAAACUUCUUCAAUUCUCCGAGGCUAAUUGACUCAUUGUAUCGACAGUUUAUUGUUCCACAACGACCGGAAGUGGGCCAGAAGAGAUCGUUGCUUUUAAUGACGCGAAGAAGACGUUUAGGAAGUCGUCGAAGAGCAGGAAGGAUGAGGAAGUGAUACUCAAUUAUUAUUGGCCGUUAUGAUUGGUAAAGAGAGUGAGUGUCUGUGACAGAGUGAGAGAGACUGAUAGAGAGAAAGAGUGAGUGAGGCAGAUAGAGCGCGAGAGAAAAGUCGUUUGAGAAGGCGACGUUGAAGCUGUACCGCUGUAGCUUCAUUCGCGCGGCGUCACUCUGAUCUGAGUCGCAUAAUUAUUGUGCCGCGAUGGCAGCGCCGGGAUGCAUGGACAGAUGGGCCGGGAGGACAGCCGUCGUGACGGGAGCCAGUUCCGGCAUCGGAGCCGCGGUUCUCCAGCUGUUGGCCAAGAAUGGAGUCAACGUCGUCGGUCUUGCACGCAGGCAUCAACGGGUGCAGGAAAUGGCUGAAAGACUGAAAGGCGAGAAAGGAAAAGUUCACGCUUUGAGAGCAGACAUAACAAAGGAGGAUGAAGUUGUCACUGCCUUUGAAUGGAUCAGGAAGAAUCUCGGAGGCGUCGAUAUUCUCAUCAAUAAUGCAGGCGUCACUUUCAAGACUAACAUUACAGAUGGUGAAGUUCAGCAUUGGAGGAUGAUGUUUGAGCUGAACGUGAUCGCACUUGGAACUUGCACAAGGGAAGCGCUCAAGUCGAUGAAAGCGAGGAAUAUGGAUGACGGGCACAUCAUUAAUGUUUGCAGUGUUGCAGGUAACAGGCUCCCUCAGAGGAUGGGUAAUUUCGUCUAUUGUUCAACCAAAUAUGCAGCAAAAGUUAUAACAGAAGGACUUCGACUGGAAUUGGCACAGAAGAAGUCGCAUAUAAAAGUAACGAACCUCAGUCCCGGAGUGGUUGAUACAGAAAUAUUUGAUGUGGGAGGAUGGACCGCAACCCUGGCCGGGGCUUUCGAGUCGGCCCCCAAACUCAGACCAGACGAGGUCGCUGAUGCAAUUGUCUAUGCUCUAUCAACGCCACCUGGCGUACAGGUAAACCACCAUACACCACUGCUGCGUCAAUAUUGCUCGCGCAUCUAUUUAUUAUGUAUUGUGGAUUCCAAAACUAUCAUAAUCAUAAUAAACACGCGUUUGUAAAGUAUUUGUUGCAUU